AUGGCUUCGAACGCGACAGUGUGUAUCUUUGUCAUCGCGGAGGGCCAGGAACAUCCCGUCAAGCUGCGCCAUGCCCUCCACGACAGCGUGUUGUCGAAGAGCAUCAUCUCCAAGAGCAAAGCGGUUGCCACCCGUGGCGCCAUUCGGCCACAUACCCCGACCAGCUUGACCGAUCAUACCGGAACAAGUCACACGUCCACUUCUACCAUUUCCCUUCGGUGGUACUACGAUGACGGCACUCAGACUUUUCCCGAGACAUUCUACAUCGUGGACAAAAUCCUGGCCAAUGAGACGGAAAGCCAUCGCGCAGAAGGAGGAGACCACCACUGGGACGCGAUCCUCCGCAGCACCGUCGAGCCACCGUCUGCCGCCCUCAGCCCUCAGGUCAACCCGAUAUGCGCUGCACCGCCGGGGGUCGAUCCUCGACGCGAGCGGGAGAGAAAAGAGCGGGCGGAGACGAACCAGCAGAAGUUUGAGAGAGAGAAGGAAUUGCAGGCCAAGAAGAUUCGAGAUGCGUUCGCUCUGAGGCAGGCUGGCCCGGGAAAGCGAGGGUGA